AUGUCGAGAACAUAUGCAACUACAUUAGCUUUAGCUUGCAUUUUUGCCGCCUUGACGGGGUUGUGCAACGGUGCGACUGGUGGAGCAUUACAGGUAGGUUUUUAUCAAGGAAAAUGUCAUUCAGCUGAUGUGGAGGCGAUUGUCGGUGGUGUUAUUAGAGCACGAUUCUCAAGGGAUCCUACCAUUGUUGCUGCUCUCCUCCGCAUGCAGUUUCAUGACUGUUUUGUCAAUGGGUGUGAUGCAUCAAUCCUACUGGAUGGAAAUAACACAGAGAAAACCGCUAUCCCUAAUCUUAGUGUUCGAGGCUAUGAAAUAAUUGAUGCAGCCAAAGCUGCUGUGGAAGCAAUCUGCCCAGGAGUGGUUUCUUGUGCUGAUAUCAUUGUUAUGUCCACUAGAGAUGCUGUUGGCCUGGGGUGUGAUGCAUCAAUCCUACUGGAUGGAAAUAACACAGAGAAAACUGUUGUCCCUAAUCUUAGUGUUCGAGGCUAUGAAAUAAUUGAUGCAGCCAAAGCUGAUGUGGAAGCAAUCUGCCCAGGAGUGGUUUCUUGUGCUGAUAUCAUCGUUAUAUACACUAGGGAUGCUGUUGGCCUGGCUAAUGACCAAGAAAUAUUAAUUGACUUCACAGGUGGCCACACGGUCGGAGUCGCUCAUUGUUUGCUCUUUCAAGAUCGUCUCUACAACUUCCAAAACACGGGCAAACCUGAUCCAACCAUGGAUUCCACACUGCUAAACACACUAAAAACGAGAUGCCCUCAGAAUUCAACUGUUGAUAACCCAGUUAAUCUUGAUCAAAACCCUUUGAGCUCAAUGACCGUAGACAAUUCUUACUACAGACAAAUCAUUUUACACAGAGGAAUUCUCCAAAUUGAUCAAGAACUAGCCCUUGAUCCAUUAACCAACCCCGCAGUUGCAGCCAUUGCUAAAGGGUUUGAUUUUUUGACUCGAUUUGGACAAGCCAUGGAUACUGCAGUCCUGCAUUUGUGUAAUUGCCAUAUGCAAAACGUGUUUGAUACAAAGCUGGGCUUUGGAAGCUACCAAAGCGAGGUUGUUCUUGGUAGAGACUGGAACUUAGAUGUAGCUGGUUGGCUACCUGCUUAA